CUUUGAUGUUGGUAUAUAAACAUGAUCAUUACCUUCCGGUUUACCUUUUUAACUGAAAUCUCUAGCUGGAACUUCCCUUAAUUUUUUUUCCACAAAACCAUGCUAGCAAAAACUCUUAAUUUUUCCCUAGCGGUAAUUCUGGUGAUAGCUGAGCUUCCAAACGAGGAGCCCAGUUCAUCGGCUGUCAUUCUCAGCAAUCGUCAAACCGGCCACCCCUUAGUUGGCGUGGCCCGCGUAGCGCUGAUUCCCUACGGGGAGUUUUUGACCGUUAAGUGCAAACCGAACCUAUCGGUGGCUGUGCACGGUGCAUGGUACGUCAUGAUGAACAUCUUUGGAGCCGUGGAAACCGACAAAUGCAAGCACUCGGACAUCCCCAAAAAGGACAAACUGUGUCCACUGUCCCAACCAAAUAAGCCGGGAUUCUGUAGAUUAGACUCUCGGGAUCCGUCUACUAAUCCUGUGUGCCAGAAGCGCGGGGUGCAAAUCGUUUACAGCUGCUAUAAUCAUUUGUUACGUGACCAGGCUGACGCCUCCAAAAUAUCAGUGGAGUGGCACAAGGGGCUUUAAUGACGACGCUGCACACCCGAACUGGAUCAGGAAACCAGUUACCAGUGUACAGUCUGUACAACUGACCAGCGAUGUGAGACAACUUGAAAUCUUCGUAGUGCUUGGAUGGAAAUCAUGGAGCCAUGGAAGAUUUUCCAAAUCAUUCUUAUUAUUUCUGUUGCUUUGUCUACUGCAUCAGCUUUGCGUAUGUUGUUCACCUUGUACAUAUGCAGCUCAGACGGAAACAGUGCACUGUCUUACCUUACCGGAAAUGCUGUAAAAUCUAAAACUGAUGAUCUUGCCGUU